GAAAGGUCGCUUUGUGGUGAACCCAGUGGCAGGAGGUGCAGCUGAAAAGGCAGCGGUGUGUCAGGGAGAUCGGCUGGUGUGGAUAAAUGGAGCGAUGGCGUCUGAUCUCACACACGCCGCACUCAGCAAAAUGAUGAAGAAAUGUGGUGAUCACAUCACCAUCUUAGUGAUCGACAGCGAGAGUGAAAAGAAGUACACGCAAAGGCGGGUCCCCGUCCUGCCCACCAUGGCUACCCCUCAUCAGCUACCUUAUAGAGCCCGAACACUCCACCUGAUCUCCGUGUCUGAGAGCUUUGGCUUUCUUCUACGGCUGGAGAAAGUGCCAUCAGGACGCACAUAUCACGUCCUGCGUGGAAUGACCAGAGGCAGCCCUGCAGAGAGGGCGGGGGUGAGGGACGGAGAGCUGCUGCUGGAGGUCAACGACGAGUCGGUGGAGUCACUGAAGCACGAGGAGGUUGUGGACAGAGUGAAGCUGAGCGGACGAGAGGUCCAUCUCACCACCAUCACUCCCAAGGGGCUGGAGUUUUAUACGCAGCUGGGUCUGUCUCCGCUUCUUUUCUGUGAGGAUGAUGCAGCUGAUGAAGGGAAGGAGAGUAGUGUGCUGACUUCUGUGGAGGAGAACUCACGACCAGAGGAAACGCAUGUCUCAAGUUGCUUCUGGGGGUCCUGGGCAGAGUGCUGGACUGCUUGUGGGUGACAUAGUGAUGGAAGGAAAACCUCUGGAAGAUGUGACUGUGCCUGUGGAAGAAGGUGGGCAUAU